CUACAUUCAUUUUAGAAUCUAUUAUUUGAGAGAGAAAUUUUAUAGAUCUAGAUGUCUAUAUAUUAGCUCUAGAUCUAUAUAUUAAAAAAUAAAAAUGCCCCCAAAAAAGAAAAAGGGAAAGGGGAAAGGAAAGAAGAAAGGAAAAAAGAAGGAUGAUGCUCAACUGGAACUGGAAGACACCUAUAAACGCACACUGGAUGAAAUCGCAGCACUUAAAGAUCACCUAGCCAUUCGCAGAGAAUUCACUAGACGUGCAAAGUCAGAUAGUGCUGAAAUGGCAAGGAAAAUGGAAGGAGCAGAAAAAAUACUUGAGGAACAAAGAGUUGACCAGAAAGCUAUUACUGCUGAUUUGACCAGACAGUAUAAAACAAUGCAGACUGAAAUGGGACUGAGAAUACAUCAACUUGAGACAGAACUAGGGCGCACCAGAGCUCAGUUAAGUUCGACUGAAGCGGAACUGAAAAAAAGCUAUGAAGAUAGCAAGAAAUGGAUUGAUGAGCGUGAUGCUAUUAUUGUAGAUUUAAAACUUAAAAUUGAUUCUAUGGAAAAAGCUUAUGAAAAUGUGCUUAAGGAAGCAUUUGAUAACUUGGUAACUAAGCUAGAUGCUGCUAGAUUAAAAUGGGAUGGACAUUCUUCUUUAAUACAAGCUAAAAACAAGCAAACAUUAUUGGAAUUUGGAUUGAAUCCUCUGGAAUUUUGAAGUUUUCUUUUUGCUUUACUAGUCUUUUUAAAAUGAAAUAAAAAUGUUUUAAAAUAAUUACGUUGGUAUUUUAUUUGAGAAGCUAAUAUAAGGAAGAACAACUAAGAACAAACUUGUCUGUUGUAUGUGAAUCUCAUUGCUUGUAGGAUGAGUUGUAAAUAAUAAAAUCUUUAUGUUUUACCA